UCCCGAACCCCGCCGACAACACCACCGCCAGAACCCCACCCAACGACGACACCACCGCCGCAAGUCGCAACCAGCGCUACGGCGCUACCGCUACCAACAUCACCACCACCGUCACCGCGCGUUUGUAUUGGCUCGUUUUUCGCGUCGUUGGCCGCCCGUGCGCGUUCUCGGCUUUUAGCCGCAUCAAUUUUUACUUUUUGGACUUUGACACCCAUUCCCGUGGUCGCCGCCGUCGCCGUCGUCACGAUUAUGGUGGUCCGGACGAACAGCGCWCGAAACGAUAUGCAAUCGUCAAACGGCGGUACGAUGUUUCGAUUACAAUGUCUCUAAGUGACAUUUGUCUAAUGUAUCUCUUAUUGUUUAAUUCUUAAUACCCAUUUUUUCCCCGUUUUUUUUUCUAUUUUUUUUUGGUUUUAUUAUAAUUUUUUACAUUUUUUUUUCAUUUUAUACAUACCGCAUUAAUUUUCUUUAUUUUAAUUUAAUUUUAAAUUAAGCUACUUUUAUUCAAAAAAUUUAUACACGUACUUAGUAUUCUUAAUCCGCUUUAGCUCGCAUACAAUUAUAUUAUAUAACUCUCCAAAACUGCCAUCGUCGUCGUCUUACGUUUAAAUAUUAAUAUUAUAUUAUAAACGUAUCUUCUACACGCGGGUGGAUUUCGAUCCGUCUUGAAGUUAAAGAAAAGUCAGUCGCUCGUUCGUAUUCCAAAUGUCACAAUCUCAAAAUACAGAUGAAAAAUGACAACUGUCGUUGAUACGCCUCCUCAUAGUUGUACCUAAAUUUUAUUGCCAAAAAAAUCUAUCCAAUUACCGGAGGAUUUGUCGUUAGGAUUUAUUCCCGGUCACGAGGACAUCAAUUAAACUAAGUAAACAUGAAAGAUAAACCGAAUUCAACUCGCAUUUAUGACGAGGAUGGAUUUCGCAGGCGAGCUGCUUGUAUAUGUGUGCGCAAUGAUUCCGAUGAGGUGUUGUUGGUGACUUCAUCCAGUAGACCUGAACAAUGGAUUGUACCUGGUGGUGGUAUUGAACCUGAAGAAGAACCAAGUGCUACUGCUCUCAGAGAAGUAGUCGAAGAAGCUGGUGUUGUGGGCAGAUUACACAGAAGACUUGGCACAUUUGAAGAUAGGACUCAUAUCAGAAGGCAUAGAACAGAUGUGUUUGUUAUGAUAGUAACAGAAGAAYUAGCUGAAUGGGAAGACUCUUUGGGCAUAGGUCGAAAACGCAAAUGGUUUAAAUUGGAAGAUGCACUGAAUAUGCUACGUUUACACAAACCUACACAACACACGUACCUGGAAAGUUUUGCUCUCAAUAAACAAAAAGCCAACAUCUGAAAAAGCCAUCCUUUUAAUAAAUUAUUUGCUCCAAAUGGAAAAAAUACUCCCUAAAAUUUUUAGAUUAAAAAUAAUAUCAAUUUGCUAAUAGUUUUUAGUCUUAAGUCAAUGAAUUCAAUUUUAUGUUAAAUAUUAAUUAAGUUCAUUUACUUUUAGAUAUAAGGGAUAAAGAUUUUUUUUUAUAAUUAUUAUUAUUGUUACUAUAAUU